AUUCUGAAGGAUUCCAAAAGUCCGUGACCCAGAAGUACUUAGUUAUUCUUGCCUUCUUCACAGCAGUAAGUCGUAGGUCGAGAACGAGAUGUAAAUAAGCAAAUCUGACGGUCUAGAAAACAAUAGACCUCUUUAUUUACUAGAAAACAACAGCAUUUAGUCAGAAUGGUUUUGUUGACUUGUCUAACGGUGUUUUUGCUGAGCGCCUUGGUCGAGGGAGCAGAGAAGAAAGAGGGAGAUGACGAGUGGGUUCAUCUGCCUAAUAAAUGUGAAGUGUGUAAGUUCGUCAGUAUUGAGAUGAAGUCUGCCUUUGACGAAACGGGCAAAACCAAGGAAGUGAUCGAGAGAAACUACCGUUUCCUUGACGGCAACAAGGGAGCUCCGCCAAUCAAAUAUGUCAAGUCAGACAUCCGUUUCAUUGAGGUUGUGGAGAAUGUGUGUCAGAGGCUCUCUGGCUACAACCUACACAAGGAGAGAGAGGGCAGCAACCGCUUUGCCAAGGGUAUGUCAGAGACCUUCUCUACCCUCCAUGGGCUGGUCCAUAAAGGGGUCAAGGUCGUCAUGGAUAUCCCCUAUGAACUUUGGAACGAAACCUCUGCAGAGGUCGCUGACCUCAAGAAACAGUGUGAUGUUAUGGUAGAGAAGUAUGAGGAGGUUAUAGAGGACUGGUACAAAGGCAGUCAGGAGGAAGACCUCACCACGUACCUCUGUGAGAAACACGUUCUGAAGGGACAAGAUGCCGCCUGUCUGAAAGAGGAGUACUCUAAGAAGAAGGGAGAUGCGGCAGCCAUCGCCGAAGACAAGAAGAAGAAAAAGAAGAAGGGAACGAAGAGCAAAGACCUGGGAGGAGGAGGAGGAGGAGGAGGAGGAGGGAGUGAAGGCGGCAGGCAGGAAGGAGAGAAGACGAUGAAGAAAAAGAAGAAGGAGAAGGUGAAGAAGAAGAAGAAGAAGGGGAAGGGAAAGGCAGUAUCGGCUGAGAAGGAGAGGGAUGGGGUCUCGUCGGAUGAAGACAUUCAGAAAAAGGUGGCUCUGCCUGGGAAGAACACAGAGCUGUGAGACCCUGGAGGAAUGGAGCCCUGGGCCAAUUCCCAAAAUGGCACACUAUUCCCUACACAGCGCACUACUCCCUUGGUCAAAAGUAGUUCACCUAAUAGGGAAUAGGGUGCCGUUUUGAUUUGGACCCCCCCCCCCCCAGUGAUUAUUUGAUUUGGAGUCUCCCCCCCCCCAGUGAUUAUUUGAUUUGGAUUCCCCCCCCCCAGAAACCCUUUACUCUCGGUAAUUCUGAAUGGUUUUAUUGACAAUACUACUGAAUCUAUGGUCGUGUGUGUGUGUGUGUGUGUGUGUGUGUGUGUGUGUGUGUGUGCUGUUCUCAGACACAUUCUUGUUGCUUUUACAUGUGUUUUUGCCUCAUGCUUUGGUUACACGUGUUCAACAGAUUUUUUUGAUACCAAUAAUAAUAAUAAUAUUGUAUUCUAAUGGGGAGGAACAUUACAAGGCCUCUAUUGGCAAGCUCUCGACUGACUAGCUCUCGACUGACUAGCUCUCGACUGACUAGCUCUCGACUGACAAGCUCUCGACUGACAGGCCUCUAUCGGCAAGCUCUCGACUGACUAGCUCUCGACUGACUAGCUCUCGACUGACUAGCUCUCGACUGACUAGCUCUCGACUGACUAGCCUCUACUGACUAGCUCUCGACUGACUAGCCUCUACUGACUAGCUCUCGACUGACAGGCCUCUAUCGGCAAGCUCUCGACUGACUAGCCUCUACUGACUAGCUCUCGACUGACUAGCCUCUAUCGGCAAGCUCUCGACUGACUAGCUCUCGACUGACUAGCUCUCGACUGACUAGCUCUCGACUGACUAGCUCUCGACUGACUAGCCUCUAUCGGCAAGCUCUCGACUGACUAGCUCUCGACUGACUAGCUCUCGACUGACUAGCUCUCGACUGACUAGCUCUCGACUGACUAGCUCUCGACUGACUAGCUCUCGACUGACAAGCUCUCGACUGACUAGCCUCUAUCGGCAAGCUCUCGACUGACUAGCUCUCGACUGACUAGCCUCUAUCGGCAAGCUCUCGACUGACUAGCUCUCGACUGACUAGCUCUCGACUGACUAGCUCUCGACUGACUAGCCUCUAUCGGCCAGCUCUCGACUGACUAGCUCUCGACUGACAGGCCUCUAUCGGCAAGCUCUCGACUGACAAGCUCUCGACUGACUAGCUCUCGACUGACAGGCCUCUAUCGGCAAGCUCUCGACUGACAAGCUCUCGACUGACUAGCUCUCGACUGACUAGCUCUCGACUGACUAGCUCUCGACUGACUAGCUCUCGACUGACUAGCCUCUAUCGGCAAGCUCUCGACUGACAAGCUCUCGACUGACUAGCCUCUAUCGGCAAGCUCUCGACUGACAGGCCUCUAUCGGCAAGCUCUCGACUGACAAGCUCUCGACUGACUAGCUCUCGACUGACAGGCCUCUAUCGGCAAGCUCUCGACUGACAAGCUCUCGACUGACUAGCUCUCGACUGACUAGCUCUCGACUGACUAGCUCUCGACUGACUAGCUCUCGACUGACUAGCUCUCGACUGAUAGGCCUCUAUUGACAAGCUCUCGACUGACUAGCUCUCGACUGACUAGCUCUCGACUGACAGGCCUCUAUCGGCAAGCUCUCGACUGACAAGCUCUCGACUGACUAGCUCUCGACUGACAAGCUCUCGACUGACUAGCUCUCGACUGACUAGCUCUCGACUGACUAGCCUCUAUCGGCAAGCUCUCGACUGACAAGCUCUCGACUGACAAGCUCUCGACUGACAAGCUCUCGACUGACAAGCUCUCGACUGACUAGCUCUCGACUGACAGGCCUCUAUCGGCAAGCUCUCGACUGACAAGCUCUCGACUGACAAGCUCUCGACUGACAAGCUCUCGACUGACUAGCUCUCGACUGACUAGCUCUCGACUGCCUAGCUCUCGACUGACUAGCUCUCGACUGACAAGCUCUCGACUGACAGGCCUCUAUUGACAAGCUCUCGACUGACAGGCCUCUAUUGACAAGCUCUCGACUGACAGGCCUCUAUUGACAAGCUCUCGACUGACAGGCCUCUAUUGACAGGCCUCUAUUGACAAGCCCUCGACUGACAGGCCUCUAUUGACAGGCCUCUAUUGACAAGCCCUCGACUGACAGGCCUCUAUUGACUAGCUCUCGACUGACAGGCCUCUAUUGACAGGCCUCUAUUGACUAGCUCUCGACUGACAGGCCUCUAUUGACAGGCCUCUAUUGACAAGCCCUCGACUGACAAGCUCUCGACUGACAGGCCUCUUUUGACUAGCUCUCGACUGACAGGCCUCUAUUGACAGGCCUCUAUUGACAAGCCCUCGACUGACAGGCCUCUAUUGACUAGCUCUCGACUGACAGGCCUCUAUUGACAGGCCUCUAUUGACAAGCCCUCGACUGACAGGCCUCUAUUGACAGGCCUCUAUUGACAAGCUCUCGACUGACAGGCCUCUAUUGACAGGCCUCUAUUGACAAGCCCUCGACUGACAGGCCUCUAUUGACAGGCCUCUAUUGACAAGCCCUCGACUGACAAGCUCUCGACUGACAGGCCUCUAUUGACAAGCUCUCGACUGACAAGCUCUCGACUGACAGGCCUCUAUUGACAAGCUCUCGACUGACAGGCCUCUAUUAACAAGCUCUCGACUGACAGGCCUCUAUUAACAAGCUGUCGACUGACAGGCCUCUAUUGACAAGCUCUCGACUGACAGGCCUCUAUUAACAAGCUCUCGACUGACAGGCCUCUAUUAACAAGCUCUCGACUGACAGGCCUCUAUUGACAAGCUCUCGACUGAAAGAAGGAGUUUUACUUUAGGUUAAUCAUUUUUUACAGACAACCGACCGGUCAUGAAGUGAAGCAACAUUGGUUGGUAUCUUUUUUUUCUUUUCAAUAUAAAUACACUGUAUAUCAAAGAAAAUUAGACUUUUUACGAAAACGGUAUAUUUAUUUUAUAUUUUCAAUGUAGAAUAACCCUUAUGAUUUUAUUCAAGCCUCAUUGAUUUGUCUUUAUUUUGUCCUUUAAUUUUUGUUGUAGUAGUCUGCUGGAUUUUUGUUUAUUUUUGCAGUGUUUAAGAUUGUUGUUUUUCUCGGUCAGUGACUCAGCUGAGACUAUUUAUACUGUACAAAAAUAUAAACGCAACAUAAAACAAUUUUAAAAGAC